AUGAGAUCAAAACUCGAUGACCUCUUAGACGAACUUAAUGACAUUGACGAGCAUCCCCAGCCAAUCCAAAUGCGAAAUCAGCAGCCUCUUGCUGUCCAGACCAAGAAAAAUAAAUCCUCUCAUCGAGAAAUUGAUGAUCUUCUUGAUCUUGUAAAUGAUAUUGACUCUCCUGAGCCAGAAAAGCCGGCUUAUGUGCCUAGCUACCAAAUCCCAGUUUCAAACUCAAGUAGGCUGCAGAAGUGCUAUCCUCUGUGUAUAGGCGGAAGCAAUUUAGAAGUCGGCAUUUGCUUUAGUUCAGCUUCUUUGAAAUGCUGCAAUAAAAUGAGAUGCACAAAAUGUGAUUUAUCAGUCAAGAGGUAUCAAAACAAAAUCUGGAAAGAUGGGUGUAAUUAUUUGUUUUUUAGAAAUAACUAUUCAAGAGAUGAUAUGCUACAGCCUGCACUUGCAGAUGCAAAUGGUUUUUGUGCUUAUUUUUGCCAAUGCCAGUGGCGAAAUGUAAAUGAGCCUGUCGUGCUGAGAGAUAAUCAGUGGGUAUGUGGAGGACAUUUAGGUAAUUAA